AUGAACCAAAGUGAGAGCCUGGUCAGCAACCAUUCUUUACCUCCCCCACCCCCCUCGCCGUCUCCCUCGUUAAUAGUGUUCCUGACCCUGCAGCAAUGCGUGUUUCUCAUGUCUUUUACCGGAAAUUUAAUUGUCAUUGUCGUGAUUCUGAAGUAUCUCAAACUCAACACGUUCAGCAACAGAAUGGUCAUCAGCUUAGCAGUUACAGACCUAGGCACAGGUUUUGCAAGCGGAAGUCAACUUAUCUACUUCCUCUUUCCAGAAAUAGACAACAAUAAAGCAUCUUGCUUUAUACGGUACCGCAUUAUUUCAAUUAUGACCACUGCUUCACAGUCUUCAUUACUGUUUUCCACUCUAGACCGUCUUGUAGCUAUCUACUUUCCGCACAGAUAUGGCGACAUUAUGAAGAAAUCACGAGGGAUCUUUUUCAUUAUUUUAGCGUGGUCCUUUGCUAUUGUUACCG